UCCUCAGAUUCCACUUCUAACUCACCGUGCCCACAUUUCAAGUGUAGUCAUUCAUUCAUCGGUUAAGAAAAUUUUAUAAUGUUGCCUGCAACGGUCAAACUGUGUGCUGGCAUUUCCUACAGGCACGUGAGAAACAUGACAGGUUUGAGGAGGAAUGCAUUGAUUGCAAUUCAUCAUGAGCUGAAAAAGCUUUCUGGACCUGGACCUAGUGCUUGGAUUAACCACGUCCGAAGAAGGAGCUCACUUCUCAGUAGUCGGAUUGCAGAAGAGACGUUCAGUGAAGCUGAGCAGUGCUAUGUGCAGCAGGGACAGGAAGCUCUGCAGAAGUCUAUCAGCAUCCUCAGUGACCAGGACGGCUGGCAAACUGAGAUUGAGACUGUCAAUGGAGAUAAGGUGAUGAGUAAAGUAUUACCAGACAUUGGGAAGAUUUUUAAGUUGGAAGUGAUGCUUGAACAGCAAACAGAUGACCUUUAUGAGGAGCUGGUGGAUAACAUGGAACAAAUGGGGGAGUGGAACCCCAAUGUCAAACAAGUCAAGAUUCUUCAGAAGAUCGGUCAGGAUACUAUGAUCACACAUGAGGUUUCAGGUGAAACACCUGGAAAUGUGGUCGGCCCACGAGAUUUUGUAAGUGUCCGCUGUGCCAAGCGCAGGGGAUCUACAUGCUUCCUGGCCGGAAUGUCCACUCAGCACCCUGGAAUGCCUGAGAAGAAAGGGUUUGUAAGGGCUGAGAAUGGACCUACAUGUAUUGUGAUGCGACCAAGUGCAGAUGAUCCCAAUAAGACAAAGUUUACCUGGUUGCUCAGUUUAGACCUUAAGGGAUGGAUCCCGAAAACUGUCAUCAACCGGGUACUUUCGCAAACCCAGGUGGAUUUCGCAAAUCACCUCAGGCACAGAAUGGCAUCCAAUGGUAGUGUGGAAGCAGCCAUUGCCUGCUGAUGUCCACAUUUAUACCCUAAAAACAUAGAUGUCACAACAAAGGCAGAUUCUUUUCAGAGUCAAGCUCCUCCCACCCAAAGUUGUCACCCCCAUUCAAGCCUACACUUGUGGGCCUAAACAUUUCACACAGAUACAGAAGUUAAAUUGUCCAUCGAAGCAAUAUGCUGCUCUUUGUUCAAGCCACACAAUUUAAAAUGUAUUCACAUUGCAUGCACAGAACUGACCCAAAACAUUUAUGCUGUAGGUUGCUGGGUCAUUGUAAUGGAGGUUUAGUAAGUUUCGAUUUCAACCUGGUAAACUCAGUUGACUUCCUCCAUCACCUCCAUUUUGUGGCUUUAACUUCCUUUUAUUCACUCACAUACUUCUGCAGAACACCACUGACUAUCAAUUUAUGGGUUUAUUAGUUCAUGUUUUAUCAUUGUUUGUGUAAAAGAAGUAUUUAUUUUAAGUUAAUAUUAUUGCAUAACCCUGGAAAAGGAUGUCUGCUAAAUGAAUAUUUAAUAAACCUAUUAAAAUGACAAA